AUGCAGCCCACUCAGAUUUCCUUAAGUCGACCCGAAGAGGAUUUGGACCAUUUAUUUUCAAGCCGGGCCAAGUUUUACGGUGCGAUGGCCGCUAAGCGGCUAAAAGCUCACUAUUAUGGCAACAUUGGUUAUUUUGCGAAAACGGAAAGAAAUGUGCCAAUUAAUGAUGUAGUAGACCAAAUUCCAGCAGGGUCUACGUUCCAGCGACUGGUUGAAAAUUGUGUAAAGGACUUGGCGAGGAACGCCUGUAUAACCGGAGUGUGCACAAAACUUGCCGGCCCAAGUUUCGACGGUCGAAAUAGUCGACCCGGUAACGAUUAUUGUAAAUGA